AUAAUUACGUCAUUACUCAAUUGGAUGCUGACGAUUUAAGCCAAAGUAUUUCCUUGGUCAGUUUUGACAAGACUUAAAAGUAAAUAAGUAGGUAUUUUAUUGUCUAGAUUACAAAACUAGCAUCGUCAGUCCAAAUUUUACUCAAUGUCAUUGUCACUUCAGUUCCGUUAAGUCAUAUAAGUCUUACAUCUAAGAUUACUUAUAGCUCUUUUAUAUUUGCAGCAAAGGUUUGCUUUUGAUUAAAUUAUUACGGAUCUCUAGAAACUUGAUAUCACGAUAACUCCGAUUAUCCUCAGUAUAUGACACACGGCACUGUGUUACAGUUUGAAGUGAGGUUAUAAAAGUAAAUUAUAUAAUUUAGUGUGAAAAUGCGUGAAAUAGUGCAUGUGCAAGCUGGGCAGUGUGGGAACCAGAUAGGAUCUAAGUUCUGGGAGAUAAUCUCAGACGAGCACGGAGUGGGCCCCGACGGCGUCUAUCAUGGCGAGAAUCCGAUGCAGCUGGAGAGAAUCGACGUCUACUACAACGAGGCCUCGGGAGGUAAAUACGUGCCGCGAGCCGUCUUGGUCGACCUCGAACCCGGGACCAUGGACUCCGUGAGGGCCGGGCCCUACGGACAGCUCUUCAGGCCAGACAACUUCGUGUUCGGACAGAGCGGAGCUGGCAACAACUGGGCUAAGGGCCACUACACAGAGGGCGCUGAGCUCGUCGAUGCCGUCAUGGACGUCGUCCGUAAGGAGUCCGAGAACUGCGACUGCCUUCAAGGUUUCCAGCUGACCCACUCUCUGGGCGGCGGCACCGGGUCCGGCAUGGGCACAUUGCUGCUGAGUAAAAUACGCGAGGAGUACCCAGACAGAAUCAUGAGCACCUUCAGCGUCGUGCCUUCGCCUAAAGUGAGCGAAGUGGUGCUAGAACCAUACAACGCCACACUCUCAGUGCACCAACUGGUCGAGAACACAGACAUGACCUUCUGUAUAGACAACGAGGCUCUGUACAACAUCUGCUUCAGAACACUCCGGCUCACCAGUCCCAGCUACGGCGACCUCAACCAUCUCAUCUCGUUGACAAUGUCCGGAAUAACCACGUGCCUCCGUUUCCCGGGACAACUGAACGCGGACCUGCGCAAGCUAGCCGUCAACAUGGUGCCGUUCCCCAGGCUACAUUUCUUCAUGCCCGGUUUCGCGCCGCUUACAGCCAAGAAUUCCUUUGACUACCGCGCUCAAAAUGUAGCUGAACUCAUGACCCAAAUGUUCAACCCGGGCAACAUGAUGACGGCGUGCGACCCGCGGCACGGGCGGUACCUCACCGUCGCCACCAUGUUCAGGGGCCGCAUGAGCAUGAGGGAGGUCGACAACCAGAUAGUCGCCAUACAGAAUAAGAACUCCAGCUACUUCGUGGAAUGGAUCCCGAACAACCUGAAGGUGUCAGUCUGCGACGUGCCACCGCGAGGCCUGAAGAUGUCCGCCACCUUCGUAGGCAACUCCACCGCCAUACAGGAGAUAUUCAAACGCAUAUCGGAGCAGUUCACCGCCAUGUUUAGACGCAAGAUAUUCAAACGCAUAUCGGAGCAGUUCACCGCCAUGUUUAGACGCAAGGCUUUCCUCCACUGGUACACGGGCGAGGGCAUGGACGAGAUGGAAUUCACAGAGGCCGAGAGCAAUAUGAACGAUCUCAUCUCCGAGUACCAGCAGUACCAGGAGGCUCCCGUGGACGACGAAGACGCCGAAUUCGACGAAGAAGACGAGUUAGAGCAGGAAUACCCUGAGGAAAGAGAGAGAGAGCCUGUCCAUGCCGCUCUCUAAGCUUUUUAAUCGCAGAUACUAAAAAGACAGUUUGUUUGCCCAAUCUAAAGUCUUUUAGUAAGGACGCUAAGCACGUAGAAUUACGUACAUUGGCGCCCGUUUUUCUAUAUCUAUCGCACGCGUGUUCUAUUGCUGUCCCGCUCAUGUGCCGGCGGUAAUGAAUGCCACUGUGAAUACUUAUGCGCGUGCGAUAGAGAUAAAAACAUGCGGGUGAAUGAACGAAAUUCUUGAGACAUUCUCAAUCAAAAGGUACCAAAUUGUCGUUUACCAUAAGGACGCUCUACGAGGUUAUUCAUAUAAAUAUACAAGCAAAAUUCGUCUUUAUGAAAGAGAAAGUGGUACCUUUUGAUCGAGAACGUCACAAUUCUUCAUUUAGCUGCACACUUCCACGUUAGUUCACUGCAUAAUAAGCUAUCAAUAUUACACUUUAAAGACAUUAAAUAACAUAAUGAACAAAAAGAUUCUCGAGCCUUCGCCAUUUUCAAGUUCAUUCUAUAUCCUCUAUCCCCCUUAUUCAUAAACGUUUACUAAAGUUGACAAGCCGAUAAUAAUCGUUUGUCCCUUUCCAUCAUACCGAUACGUCGGAAAGGGACAAACGAUUAUUAUCGGCUUGUCAACUUUAGUAGACGUUUAUGAAUAAGGGGGUUAAUCAUUAUGCUACUAAAAUAAUAGGUGUUGGACUGGAAAGUCAAAUAGUCAAUUUUAAUUUUUAACAAGCAGAAACGUCUGAUAUCAUUAAUCUUAAAAUAAAUUUAAAUGUGGAUAUAUGUGGGUGUGUGUCUUGGGUGAGACUUGGACUCACGGCAUCUGGAUCAAUACUCCGUGAGUUCAAGUCACAACCAAGACAGUAAUUUUUCCACUUUUAAAAUUAUUUUAAGUCAAAUUGUCAUUUUAGUAUCUGGUAGUAUAAGAACAAAGUACAAUUUUUGUAACAAACUUUUUUAUACCGUAAAGCUGGGUUACUUUGACCCAAUAGAGCAGGGGUCUCCAAUACACGGCCCGCGGGUCAAAUCCGGUCUGCGACGCGUUUCUAUCCGGCCCGCCGACACCCAAAGUGAGUGAGCCAGGCUCCAGGGGUGGCCCGCUUGAAAGUUUCUGUGGCGCAAUAUGGCCCUCAGGUAAAAAAAUUUGGACACCCCUGCAAUAGAGGGUUAGUUUCAUCAUCAUCAUCAUUUCAGCCUAUAUACGUCCCACUGCUGAGCACAGGCCUCCUCUCAUGCGCGAGAGGGCUUGGGCUAUAGUCCCCACGCUAGCCCACUGCGGAUUGGGGACUUCACAUACACCUUUGAAUUUCUUCGCAGAUGUAUGCAGGUUUCCUCACGAUGUUUUCCUUCACCGAAAAGCUAGUGGUAAAUAUCAAAUGAUAUUUCGUACAUAAGUUCCGAAAAACUCAUUGGUACGAGCCAGGAUUUGAACCCCCGACCUCCGGAUCGAAAGUCAGGCGUCAUAUCCACUCGGCCACCACUGCUUUUUGCACUGCAGAGGGUUAGUUUGGCCCGCAAGAAAACCACAACACUAACGGAUAGCCAAACCCAGCUACAUGAUAUAGAUGACAAUAUGCCAUAAUUUCAGUGCCAUGUUCUGUUUUUUUUUCAUGCAUAUUUUUGUAGUUGUCACAAUACAUUUUUUUAAUUACAAGAAUUUUAUCCUGAUGGUCAAAAUUAUCCUAAUGGUCAAAGUUACCCUUCAGGGCCAAUGUACCCGUGUUUACGGUAUAUCUUAUUAUGUGAUAAUUGAGACAUAUUACUUGUAACAUACCACUAUCGCUUUAAGUAACAACUUGUAUUUUUUUGAGCUGGUCUUUUUAGGAAUUAAGCAAAGACAUUUUGUUAAGACAAAUAAAAUCGUUGUUAUUUAUAUAUUUCACGCUCCUCAUUUCAACAAGCAAGCAAAUUAACCUAAUACUUAGGUUAACCCAUAGACUAGGAAUCCUCUAGACCGAGUUUAGAGCAAUUAUUUCAUGCCACCGAUGAUGCCAAAAAUGCGGGGGUGCGCGGAACGAGGUGAGCGAAGUCCCGUGCCGUGAUUGGUCCGUUCAAAGACACGGACGUCACACAAAGACACUUUCGACUCGAACAUGGAGUAAGAUUACCGUAUGCCUGGCAGAGCUACCCCCUCUGCCAGGCAUACGGCUGCGACUAUGCUAAGUCUGGAGGAUGUUUUGUCUGUGGGUUAACCAGUGUCAAAUUGUACUGGUAACCAUGCUAACUCCAGACAAAGAGAAUAUUGCUCCAGGUUUAACCGGUUAACCCUGGGUUAGUGAUUGGUGCAACUCUCAUGGCAGUCAUGGCUCUGUUGUCAACACACUUGCUCGUAAUAUGGAACCUAUUUAAUGAACCGCUUAUGCUCAUAAUCCUAUAGUCCGUUUUUUUAGCAUUAGAAAGAACUUCACUUGUGGUUCUAAAUCUGGCACUUUUAGCGGUAACAAUUUGAAGUAAAUUAUAUGUAUUGACCAUGCUACAUUAGAUAAUUCAAUAAUUAUUAACAAUUAACGAGCCUGAUAAAAACUGCACGCUUGCAUCUGCGGAGUUCUUUCCAAUGCUAAAAAAACGAACUAUAGAUAUUGAGCCCGCGUGCUUUUUUCACGAGCUUUUUUGACACAUUUUUUUUUAAUUUACUUUUACUCAUUGUUUUUUUUAUUAUGAUUAAAUAUAAGUAUCAGGAAAAGUGUAUUGGCGUCAUUGUCUUUCCGCGCCGCCGGCAUUUGCAAACUAAGAUAAGGAAUCCUAAAUGCACCCUAUUAAUUGAUUAUGUGAUCUGUAUUAGAGAUGCAACGGAUAGUUGUUUGGCCGGAUACCGGAUACCGGAUAUUCGGCCUGACCAUCGGCCGAAUAUCCGGUAUCCGGCCGAUAAGAUAAGGAAUCCUAAAUGCACCCUAUUAAUUGAUUAUGUGAUCUGUAUUAGAGAUGCAACGGAUAGUUGUUUGGCCGGAUACCGGAUAUUCGGCCUGACCAUCGGCCGAAUAUCCGGUAUCCGGCCGGCGGAACUAUACCUACAUUUCGGUUUAUCAGGUGCGCAUUAUGCAGGUUUUGAUCUGUUUCGUAGUGAACGUUCGUGCGGACUCGUUUUAGGUUCGAAGCGAGAGCGUGUGCAAGUCAGUGGAAUGCUUAAAAUGUUUUAAAUAAUAAACGAGUACGAUUAUAACCGUGACUGUUUCUUAUUCCAAUUUUGUUCACUCCUAAAUCAAGCAAUGUUACUAUCCGGUAUCCGGUCAGAUAGUAGGCCACUAUCCGGUAUCCGGCCGAAUGUUAAAAUAAUGGCCGGAUACCGGAUAGUAGCCGAAUAUCCGGUGCAUCUCUAAUCUGUAUGAUGGAGCUAAGUUUAGCUUAAACAAAAAAAAGAGUUUUAUUUGCCAAAAAAAUUACAAGUUUUUUUAACCUAUGACUGCCACACUAGGCUACGCCUGUCUUGUGGAGUCAGCUUGACAACUAAUAAAAUGCCCCUACUACCUAUUGUUUGUCUCAUUAUCUGCUUUUAGCAAUUUGUAUGUCUCUCCCAUCACGGAACAGUGUUCUGGACCUUUGGGAGACGUGUGCGGAGCCGAAGCCAACCACUUUUGACCCCCCUUCCCCCUUUGUGAUUUUAGCGCAACCACAAUAUCACGUGAUAUAUAAUUAUGAUAUUUUAUUGGGUAAAUAUGUAUAUAAAAUCAUAGGAAACGUACCUACGAGAACGAUAGUUGGUUACACUUGCUUCGGCAAUGUACAAGUGCACAUACAAGUAUGUUUCUCAUCAGGCCACAAGAUGGCAGACCCUCCAAUACACGCGCCCUCUACAUAUAGGCCAAAAUAAAACGAUACAUAGACAUUUUAAUUUGACCGUGUUUUACAGGGCACUUAGUUAUGUUUACAGUAAUUACUUUUCAUUAAACAUGGCAGUAAUUUCGUGCAACAUGGUAAUUUAAUCAGUUUCGACAUUUCAUUUCUUACUCGGUCACGGCGGCGAAAUGUUACGGACAAUUUUAUUUUCAGUAUUAUUACCAACUAUGAUGACAGCCAAUCAAAAGGAUCCAUAUUUCUACCGUAUGCCAGUCUACCCAAUGUACGCUAGAACGGGACUACCAUAUAACGAAAAUCUAGAAACUCAUACGAAAACACCUGUUAUUCAGAGUUCUCAUCAAGCAAAUAAACCACAAAUCAUAUCUCCUAACGAAUACACGUUUACUGCAAAACCGAUAGAACCGGUUAAUCUAAAACCGGUUGAUUCCGAACCGGUUUCGAGAAAUGGAGAUACAGAACAAAGGAAAUUUGAUAAGACCAUACCCGCUUACAUCUUUAAAUCUGUGGAACUGAACAAUCAUGAUGUUAAUGAUGAUGAGGUAAAUGUAAAUGAUAUUUUUCAAAAUGUCAGACCAUCACAGAUACACAGAAUACAGGUACCAAUAAUAAGCAAAGAACCGGAUAGUCUGCCGAAGCAAAAUAUGUUAUCAUUUGUCCGUCCUGGACUUUUAAAAAACCGAUUACCUGUGUCUAACAAAAAAGCGGCAAAUUACCCCACAAAGGAACAUAAUUUACGGCUAACUUACAGACCACCGCUAAGCGGAUUAUCGCUACCGAUAGAAAACAUAAAACCGGUAAUUAAACCAGUAAACGAACUGACGGCAUUACCCGACAAAUAUGACAAUUGCGAAAAACAGGUAUACCCGUUGCCUUUAUUAGCCCAAAAACCGGUUAGUAAAAACACUCACAAAGACAGAUUGCUCAAGGAAAAAUUGGUAUCAUUGCUACUGUCUUCAAAAAAAGAUUUAGAAAAGCAAGUAAAGGACUUACAGUAUAUACAUGAUACACUGAAGUCGGAAACUAUGUACAAGAUCGGACAUCUCACGAGUCACAUGAACAAGAUGAAUAAGCAUAUGAAUAUGUUGUAUAAAAGUGUUCAGAAUAAUCAUAAUAAUUGGGACGCGCUUCAAAUUUUGAAAGCAUAUGAAGAGGUAAAAAAGAACAACGAUACGGUCCGAGAGCUGCUGAGCGCGAUGCGGUCAUACCUUAGGGCUAAGAAGAAGGCAGUCGGAUCGCGCGUUGAGAAAAGCCCUUCGAAUUACGGCAUCAGCUGGGCUUACUACGACGACACCAUGCCUUGAAACCUAUACUGAUAUUCAGGACUAGGAGUAAACUGACAGUUACCUGCAAAAAUAUAUGUUUCAUCGGAGGCCCCAACAAUACAUGACACACUCAUAUCGUCGGGUGACAAGCAAGUCACUAAGUACUAUCAAGAAAUUAAAGUAACAAUGCACUUAUUACACUUGUAACACGGUUUAUUGUCCAAUAAUUUCAAUGGUGUUAGUUAGCGACUUUUGCUUGUCACCCGACGAUAUGGAUCUACAAAUAAAAUUAUAUUAUAUUAUUGCGGCCUUCGACAUGGCUCGGAACCGGAUUUUUCUUUAUACAUAAAAUACCGGUAAUAUUUCGUACUUUAGUUUAUUAUUUCAUUUUUAAUGAGACACUUUAAUAAUAAGAAGUUGAACCUAAAUACAUGAUUCAGUCCUACAUAAAGAGCAUAAAAUAAUUAAAAAUAUUGGCCUAUUUCGGGUUUUUCAAAAAAUCCGGUUCCGAGCCUUCGCCUUCGAUGUGAAACAUUAUUGCAUAUGACUGUACUUUAAUUGGUAAAAAACGAUUUUAUGUAAAAAUAAGAUUAAGGAGGUAUAAAAAUAUAAAAUAAGUCAUAUAAAAUCCACCGAUCAUUUCGUGUUAAUGACCUAGGACAAGUGACCCUUUAAAAUUUAAAUGACUACCAAAAGGAAGAUACUCCAAAUAAAUCUGUAAUCGGGUUAAAGUUUACACUUUAAGUAAGUGAAGUUUGUAAUCUAAGUUAUUUAGAAUAAAAGUCUUUGUAUAUGAAA